CUCGACAGUCUCUCCACCCGUGCCCCUCUUCCUCCAUCUCCUCCCUCUGCUGUCCUCCACCCUCGCCCCCUGAGCUUUUGUUCAGCUGCACUUGACCGAACACGCUCACUCUGCUCGGCAGUCUCGCCACACUCCCCCUCCCCCAGUUGUCCAACAAACCAGAGAGCCAACUCUGAUCUCUCUCUCAUCUCUCAUCUCGUCUCUCGCUCACUCUUUCUCACGCGCGCAAGCAAGACAACCCCAAGCAGCGACCAUGGAGGCCAUCAAGAAGAAGAUGCAGAUGCUGAAGCUGGAUAAGGAGAGUGCCAUCGAGAGAGCGGAGCAGGCUGAGGCAGACAAGAAAGCGGCGGAGGAGAAAGCUCGCCAGAUGGAGGAUGAGUUGCUGGGUCUGCACAAGAAACUCAAAGGUACAGAGGAUGAGCUGGACAAGUACUCCGAGGCGCUCAAGGAUGCCCAGGAGAAGCUGGAAGUGGCCGAGAAGAAGGCUGCAGAUGCUGAAGCCGAUGUGGCCUCCCUCAACAGACGCAUCCAACUCGUAGAGGAGGAGCUGGACAGGGCUCAGGAGCGCUUGGCCACAGCCCUGCAGAAGCUUGAGGAGGCCACCAAGGCUGCGGAUGAGAGUGAGAGAGGCAUGAAAGUUAUUGAGAACCGGGCCCUCAAGGAUGAAGAAAAGAUGGAGUUGCAGGAGAUCCAGCUGAAAGAGGCCAAGCACAUCGCUGAAGAGGCCGAUCGCAAGUAUGAAGAGGUGGCCCGUAAGUUGGUCAUCAUCGAGGGGGAGCUGGAGAGGACAGAAGAGCGUGCGGAGGUGGGAGAAACCCGGGUUCGGCAGCUGGAAGAAGAGCUGCGAGUCAUGGACCAAAACAUGAAAUCUCUGCUGGUUGCAGAGGAGCAGUAUUCACAAAAAGAAGACAAGUAUGAGGAGGAGAUAAAAAUUCUCACCGACAAGCUGAAGGAGGCUGAGACACGUGCUGAGUUUGCGGAGAGAUCAGUGGCCAAGCUGGAAAAGACCAUCGAUGAUUUGGAAGAUCGGCACCAGCGGGAAGUGGACAGGACGGUUCUCCUGACUAACCAGCUCAAGCUUGCCCUCUCAGAACUCAAUAACUGACUGUUCUCUGCCUGCUGCCACUGACAAACUUGGCCAGGUUAAAGAAGAUAACGUGGGUCUGCACCGGGUGCUCGAUCAAACCUUGCAGGAGCUACACAGCUUGUAGAGCAGCCUCGCGACUCGCGCGUGUAGGGGCCGUGUGUCGUGCGUCUCGGGAUUUUAGCCCGAGACAACACGCACGCAGUUUGUGGGAUAAUCAUAUAUAUAUAUACAGUCUUGUGUUCUCGUGUAAAUGCAACACAUGUUACUCGUCCGUAAAACAGAAGGUCACGUGAAAAUGGUAAAUAGAGAAGUUUGAACACAUACUGGAUUCGUGAACUAAUGACCGUAACUAGUUGUGAAAUUACACAAAUUGUCGUGCAAAUGUGAAAUGGUGCAUGCUGCCUGAGAAAACCUAGACAAUGACCUGGGAGUCUUGUGAAAUGGAUAUUUCGGUUAUUGGGGGGUUGGGGGGGUAAACGUUACUGAUCUGAAACUUGUGUAUUUUUUUCAAAGCUGAGUAAUCAGCACUGGUAAGCAAUGUCAGAAACCUGUGCAUAUUGUACGCCUUGGCUCUCGCCCAACUGUUGGCUGGCUUCGUCCAAGUAUUUUCUUUCCCUCUCGUUUAUUGCAUGUGCACCUGGAGUGUAAAUCGACACAGGCAUUAUUAAAUAUUCAUCAGUUGUCACAAGCGCUGGCAAGCACUGACAAGCUAUAUAUUGGGAUUAUAGAUUGGUCGCACGAGUGUGUGCGAACACUAAAUUAGCCUGUGCAUUACUUGAAUACGCAUGAGUGAUAUACAGAGUACGUUCAUCGAUUGAACGUAUGAUUUGGAAGUUCUCUAAGACUUGAUUGGGCAUGAUCGAAUCACAAUAAUGUCCCUAUCAAAGUACUGAGCCAGAGCCACAAAAACUGGUUUUGGCCUUGCUCAAGCAACUGACGAAAUACCCCUAAUCAAAUGCUAAUUAAUGUACAAGUCACUUUGUCCUUGCUCGACACAGCAUCGGGAUAACGCACAUUUGCAUUGGCAGGCUUGAUCCAGAUGCGAAAUGCCACAUUACCAUGACGGGUCAGCCUCUGUAGGAUAACCACAUUGUACCAAACCCUGCCAGAAAAAUGGUAUGCACUUAAUUCAGUUAAAUCCCUGCCCGUAAGAGCAUCUUCUAAAUAAAUGUGCUGAGCGUAACACUCAUCUGUACAGAUACAGAGAUGUAGUUCUUGGGUGAGGUAGAUCAUUUAAUGAUUUCAAUAUCACUUUUCUUUUUCACCGUAAUGCCAUUUAUUUGCACACAGAUCAAGAGUGUAAUGUGAUUUACUUGUGAAAUAGACACAAACAGCACAAAUGGAAUAUGAUUGAUAUAACAAUGGUAUCUCCUGCUGCUUACAGCACCCUUAAUCCUUGUGACCGCGUAUUGUGGUUGCACUGAGGUUUUGCAUAUGUGGACAUUCAUUACAGCUUCAGGCGUCUCGUGCAUUGCAGAUGGUUCGAAUCUGCUCACUGGUGCACACAUUGUGUGACAUCUGUAGAGUAACCAAUGUGUGUUCUCAGAUGUGUACAACAUACAUUGUAUGGCACUAAGAGCUACCAUGUCUUAAUUAUUAUAACUGCUUGCAGCAUUCUUCAUGAUGUGUCCAUGGUGACUGACGAAAUGUGCACCGGUAAGGUAGAAUAAUGGAUUGCUCGUGCUGUGAAUGGACAGUUCAAUACGUAACAAAAUAUAACUCAGCUUGGUGGGCUCUGACACUAUAUAGUGAUUGGUAAUGUUAUCUGCGAGGUGCUUUGUCCAUUUCUUCUGUAAGGUUUCAUUUGGCGAGAUGUUAACAACCAUGGGGCACCACGGUGGCGUGACGUUAACUGCCUCGCUUGGUAUAGAGGUGGUGGGUUUGAACCCGACCUUGACGCCUGUACAUUUGGAGUUUGCAUGUUCUCCCCCGUGGUCGUGUGGAUGUUUCUCCGGGUCCUCCGAUUUUUCCUCCGCAUUUAGAAACAUGCGUUUAGAGUAUUUGGCUGCUAUAAAUUUCCACUUGAUCAGCCACUUCGUUGAGCUAUCAUGUGUGGCCAGGUCGCUUCUGAAAAAGAGCUACACAGCUCAGUGGGCUGAAAUAAAAAGUUACUUUGCAAAAGUUAUGUCACACUUCUCUUAUCUAUCAAACUAUAUCUGGUUUAAUCGAAUUUGUGGUAUGAUACUAGAUUUAAAUAUUCUCUCAUGUCCAGGCAGGCAGCCCACGAUACGUUUUUUUCUCGUAGUUUCCUGCACAAUAACCGCAUCACUCUCACACUGACAAACACUGUGGCACGUGAUCGAUUGUCAGAUGUGCACUGUGAGCUUAAGAUAGGCUCAAUUGGAUAAGGGAUACUCUUAUACUGGGCUCAAAAGUGGCUUAAUUGUAAACCAAAAGCUUGUUUAACCUGAUAUUCCAAGUGUAAUAUAUCGCUGCAUAUGAGCUGUUUGUCCAUUUAUUAUAUUACUUAGACAUCUACCGAGUGCAGAAAUUACGUUUUUGACAAAAGCACGUGGAUAGUUCUACGCGUAUUUGUACAGUUCUUACUCUUGAUAAAUCGGCAGUACCAUUGGAUAUUCACAUCAGUUGCUCAUGGGUCAAGUUGGGUGUAUUAAAUUUUCAAGAGUUGGCUUAGCCGCUAAUGAGCUUGUACCUUUAAGCCUGGCUCACACUGGAGAACACAACCUUUGUAAUCCAACGCCUCUGUAAUGAAAACUACACAAAGGAGUUGAUUUGAGCUCAAUGUUAGGUCAAAAUUGAGUAACUCACAACAUGCAAGCCAAUUGCACAAAUCAUUCGCUAGAGCUAAGAAUAAUGCAAGACAUUUCUAUGGAAAUUUUCCAGGUUAAAAUUACUGUCUCAUAUAAUUACUAGCAGGUGUACCCGUUCUUCGCACGGAAAUGAAUAGUUUAGUCCUAGUACAUAUAGUACAGUAUAUAGAUUAUCCCCCCCUCCAGACGCGCAUUUGUGCGGGAUACACGGCAUACGUGUAGAGUUGGGGGGGGGGGGGGGAUGUGUGACGUCGGCAGGUACACUGCGUGACGCUGCCGCAUGCGGGUGACAUCACAGAUGUGACGUCACCGCUCACUUGCCGUGCAAUACAUUAUAUCGAUUAUUGCGCGUGCCCCCCCCCCCCCCCAAAUACAAAAGUCGAUUUUUAGACUUUUUGCAUUGUGUAGAGUCUGGAAGCUACACACAUGCCAAAUUUCAAAUUUGUUGCAUGUUGGAAAAUAUGCUAAACAUUUCUAUCAGACGCACAUAUUCACGAAUUUCCCUUUUAUAUAUAUAGAUGGGAUGUUUACCAGUUUCCUCAAUACGUUUCACCAAUAAUACAUUACAUCCUUGACUUUCUUGAGCAGAAUCGUUUAAUAUGAAGAUGGAGACAAAUACCACCAUAUAUUUCGGGCCCUGUCUCCAUCUUCAAGAGAUGGCUCUGGAGAACAAUUGGAGAGAACGACUGGACAUCUGUGUCCCUCCUUAGAUGUUUGGAAUCAAGUUGGAAGCCAAGUUCAAUAUAGAAUCCGGUCAGGUGGCACUGUGGGUAGGGCGAUAACUCAUUGGAAAGGACACGAGUUCACAUCCUGAUCCGGGAUUUGCUCAGCCAAUCAAAUGUGCUUUUAUUGGAAGGCAUCACUAGAUGUCCUAUGGAUAGACUAGCUAAUGUUAUAGGAAUGGUGAAUUUUCACGACUGACUUUAGGCUGCGUUUGUAAAUGUAUUGACGCAAGCUUUAUUGAGUGGGGAAAUGUUUCGUGCUUGGCUCAUAAAGCAUUGCACCAUGCAGUUUGUACUAAAUGUACAUCAUGUAGCCCUCAAUUGUACAGCAUUACUGAGUAUGACUACACGUUUAAUAAUGGUGUAUGCCAUCUCUAUGCAGGUAUUCGCAUCGUGUUGGCAGUGGGAAGAUGUAUAAAAAUCACGGAAUUAUCCUUCAAACCCUGUCACUCAGCAUUCGGUAAUUUAAAAAAAUUGCUGCGGUAUAUGAGCCGACACACCUGUGAAUGCACACCUGCAGCUGCCGUGACGACUAUGUACAGUUAACUCGUGUUGAAAGUUCCUGUGAAUGCCAUUGUAGUGAGCUGAUCAGGCUGUAGACAUGAUACGCGGAACAUUUCACUUACGGAAUUAAAGCCGAGUCGGCACAAAAUAUGCGAUGUCACAAAUUGAUUUAUUUUCCUGAUUUUAAUCUGCCUCCACUUGUAUUUUUUAAAAUAGCUGUGUGAAAGCAUACACAUCGCAGGAAACAUAGAGGGGAAUAACGAUCCGAAAAUUACAGUAAUACGUGAAUCUUAUAAAUAAUUCCCUCUACCUACUAAAGCGGAUGUUAUAGUAAUUGUUAGCACCCUGAAAUUGGAAUUCAGAUGCCACCGGUUUACUGUCCUGGCACAGCAGAUGAAAGUCCAAGUUUCUGAAAUUCCAUUACCUCUGUCCACCCAGCCGUAUAAAUGGCGACACUAGAGUCAACUGGCAGGUCACGUGUGACAGAGAAAAGUGAGUAAACCACCUCUUCAAUGACGUCUGGCUAGUGUGGAAGAGUAAGGUCAAAUACCCUCUAGAUGGGCCCUCUAGAGCCAGCUAUGGCAUGAGCAAAACAUUGCAGAGCUUGAUCAUGAACCUCGAUUACUUUACCUGUAAAGUCCUUGCGGUGUCCCAAAACCUCUUGGGGGAAGAUCCCGUAUUAGGACAAUUUCAUUCGUGGGUGUUUUGUAUGAGAGAGUAAACUCAUGCGUACUCAUGAAGCCACAUAGAUUAUAUAAUCCAUUGUAUGGCCACCGGUCUAUUUGGCCACGAAAGACCACACCACCUGGUUAUUCCCGUGACAGUCUCCCGUCCGAGUACUGAUUUAACUUUAACUAAUAUUUACUGCCUCAUUGUGACCUCCGCAUUAGCCUCUUGACCAACAUAGCAUAUUUCAUCUGAGUCUCAUGUACAUACACUUCCCACUCGUAACGAUUGCAUUUGCAUCCGUGUUUCUCUGUAUGCUGCCGCCUCAACGCAGAUUUCAUAAGCUGCCAACUUUUGCCUGAAGGAAUCUUGCGUAAUAGCAUGUUUAGCAUGUGCUUGUAUCCAUAUUGAAGUCUGCAAAUACAUGCCAAUCAACCGCUAAUAAAUGUGAUGAUGUUA